CAAACUUCAUGACCAGUUAACUCUGAUUCACCAACGCGAUUAAAGCUUGUUUACUUUUGGUCUUCCACCCAUCAGGCUGUACAAUCCCUUAGGUAAAUGUACUUUUUAAAUCUUAGCUGCCAAUUGUCGGUGCUGUGCUUCAGAAACGUGAAUUUAAGUGUUAUAAUUUAUACACAGAAAGCACUGGGCAAACAGAUCAGCAAUUUCAAAACAACUACAAUUUGGCUGACACCUCUGGCGAAACUACACCAUUCGCUGUGGCAAAACUUUGCCGUCACUUUCCCCACUUCCCAGAUCGUGACGGAACGGUUCGAAGCAGAAGUUUAAUUAGUUAACACCGAGUUUCAGGUAAAACUGCAGAAUUGGGAGCCCUGCGUCACACGGACGGUUUGCCAAAUGCGGACCAAGCCAGGAUCACACAAACAACCCACAUCAGACAGAUGAGUAAGUAGCCAAAUGGUAGAGAAAGCUACAACAGACGACAUCGCUGCAGCAAGUAAACAGAGAAUAUAUUUGUUGAAAGACAGGAAUACGCUGAACCACAAAGAACAGGAUCAUUUCCCUCAGUUCAAACAUUUUUCGAACAUUGCGCCAAGAUGAUUAAGUUUUUCCUUCUAGUGAACAAGCAAGGACAAACAAGACUCUGUAGAUACUAUGAAACUAUGGAGAUCCACAAAAGGACCCUGUUAGAGGCUGAUGUCAUUAAGAAGUGCCUGUCACGUUCAAAGGACCAGUGUUCCUUUGUUGAAUACAAAGAUUUCAAACUUGUGUAUCGUCAAUAUGCCGCCCUCUUUGUUGUGAUUGGAAUUGAUGCGACAGAGAAUGAACUGGCUGUGUAUGAACUUAUACACAAUUUUGUAGAGGUUCUGGAUAAAUACUUCAGUAGAGUGUGCGAGUUGGAUAUCAUGUUUAAUUUAGAUAAAGUCCACAUCAUCCUGGAUGAAAUGAUUUUAAAUGGCCGUGUCGUGGAGACAAACAAGACCAGGAUCCUUGCUCCUCUGGUUGCCCUGGACAAAAUGACUGAAAGCUAAAAGAGGAAAUGGCUAAAUGCUUGAAGAUUGCAAUCCUAUUACAACAGGAUGAUACUUGUUUUAUGCCCCUCCCCCCAUGAAUGUAUUAUCAUCAUCGAGGCUUUGUUUUACUACCUGAGAUGAGACAAUAUUGGAGUUAUCUUUGAGUGACAUGUUUAUACUUUUUGUGCUAUUGUACAUUAAUAGCUAUGUAUUUAUGCUGAAAUAUAGCAUUUGCCAUUUUUCUUGGUUUAAUUGCUGCAGCUUCCUACAUUCAUCAAAGGAUGAAUAUGUCAAAAUCUAUAACAUU